AUGUUUGCCAAACCUGGUACCUACGACGUGAUCAUGCGCUACUCAUCCCUAACACCCAAGAUCCUACCCGACAAUCUUGCAGCACCACGCGGCAUCGGCAUGAAGAUCUUCGGCAUCGAGGGCGAGAAGAUUUGGGGAGAAGACAAGAAGACGCAAGACUGGACUUUCAACAACUACCCAGUCCUCGAGCUACGCGAUCCACAAACCACCUACGACAUCGCAGACGCCUUGGAACGAAACUGGAACGACCUGCCCACGUUUGCCGACGAGCAGAGCAAAAGAUUAGACGCAGACGUCGCAACAUUGGGUGGACAACUACCAAAGCAGCACAUGGUCGCCAUGCCAGAGUACUCACAAUCCGCCUACCGCCACGGCGCCUACGUAGCCAAAUACGGCGUCUUCCCCGCUAGCCAAUUCCAAAAGGAUCUCGAGAACACUGAAGUCAAGGACUCGGACCCCAUCAACAUCCUCUCCCAAACCCUGCGCACACACCACCUCAACAACACCAUCUCCUACAGCUUCUGCGCACAGCUCCUCCAAGACCUCACCGAACAGCCCGUAGACGACAUUGGCAUCGAAUGGGAUCCGAAAAAGUACCCGUUUGAGCAAAUCGCCACCAUUGAGUUUCCGCCGCAGGACUCGUGGUUACCAGAGUUUAGGACUUGGUGGGAUGAUCGCAUCACGGUGAAUAGCUGGCAUGGGCUCAAGGAGCAUCAGCCGCUCGGAAGCACGAAUCGGAUGCGCAGGGUUGUUUAUGCCGAGAGUAGGAAGUUGAGACUCAAGGUUAAUGGGUAUAAGGAGGGGGAUUAUGUAGAGCCGGAAGGGCUGGGUGAUGUGCCUGCAAAGGGGGUCGAGGCGCCGCAGUUGGACUUGAAGUACCAGAGUGCUGUUACGACUGCUGGAGCUGCGUAG